UAAUUAGAAAUCAUUCCUAUUAUUAUCAUAAUUACUCUUAUCGCUUAUUUGCUCAAGACUAAUUAUCAUUCGCGUUAAACAAUAUUCGAAUCAUAUUCUCCAUUACAGUCACAAUGUGUUUUACAGAGGGCGUGAGCAUACAGCGGAUAAAACGAACUACAAAAUUGUCGAUAACGAAGAGGAAAUGUCAUACGGUCGACAACUAGCGGGAGUGCGUUCCAAAACUCAUCAAAAAAAAAAAACUCCAUCCUGAUCAAAUCCCGAGUAAUUAAAUCGCCGAUUCAUUCAACCGGCAGAAUUGCUUGCAGCGAAAUUUCUAUCCGUUAUCACUAAUCUAGUCUCUUCUCUUGUUCCAUACGUUAAACAACAAUUGAAAUUUACAACUGUACCCGCAUUAACGAAAUAGGACUACUACUUGGCGAAUCAUUCGCCGAUCGACAGAUUUUCUAGAGGAUUCAUCCCGCAUCUUUCCACGCAUAAUUUGAACAAUUAUUUUCUACACGAGAUAUAUACCCGGUCACGAAAAACAUCAAGGAUCCUGAUCUCGAGCGUGGAGAGAAGAAAUUCGGGAGACGAGGUUCGUCGCUUUUCGUCGAUCAUUCACGAGAAUCACGAAGCAGGUUCGAAAUGGGAAAUGCGAGGAAAUAAUUAUUUCACGCAUCCAACGUAACAGACGCUCAAGACCUCUGAUCUGCACAGGACAAUUUAGCACUUUGACACGUUAAAAUUUACAGGCGAAUAAUUUGAUUAUAGCAUGGCCGGGAAUUUUUGGCAGAGCUCGCAUCAUCAACAGUGGUUAUUGGAUAAACAGGAUUUAAUCAGAGAGCGCCAACAUGAUCUAUCGGUACUAACGGAAGAGGAAUACCAGAAGAUAUUUAUUUUCUUUUCGAGCAUGAUACAGAUGAUAGGCGAACAAUUAAAAUUGAGACAACAAGUGAUAGCCACUGCGACAGUUUAUUUUAAAAGGUUUUAUGCACGCAAUAGCUUAAAAUGUAUAGAUCCUCUAUUAUUAGCUCCUACCACAGUCUUUCUUGCAUCGAAAGUAGAAGAAUUUGGAGUAAUUUCUAACACUAGACUGAUAUCGACAAUGGGAAGUGUAAUUAAGAACAAAUUUGCAUAUGCGUAUUCGCAAGAUUUUCCAUAUCGCACAAAUCAUAUUUUGGAAUGCGAGUUUUAUCUUUUGGAACAUUUGGACUGUUGUUUAAUAGUAUAUCAACCAUAUCGUCCUUUAUUAACAUUAAUUCAGGAUGUAGGAUCAGACGAUCAGCUACUUCCGCUUGCGUGGCGUAUUAUCAAUGAUAGUCUAAGAACAGAUGUGUGUUUGUUAUAUCCACCUUAUCAAAUAGCUAUCGGCUGUUUGCAAAUAGCUUGUGUGAUAUUACAGAAGGAUCUCAAAUCGUGGUUUGCAGAAUUAAACGCAGAUAUGGAAAAGAUUCAAGAAAUAGCACGGUAUAUAAUCAAUCUGUACGAAUUGUGGAAGAAGUAUGACGAGAAAAAUGAGAUGCCGGCUAUACUAGCUAAAAUGCCAAAACCAAAAGCAGCGCCACAACGUUGACAGCAAGCUCUUGAUUCUUCAAACGUUUGGGACUCGUGCUGACGCGGUAAAAUGCUUCAAUUAAAGAUCCAUUCUUUUUCUCAAAUAUGUCACUAUUGGAGAUACAUAGAGUUGCUAAAACGAAUAUCAUUCUGCAUAAAAUUUGUCUCCAUACGUCCAUACGUGAGAGAAGAAUAUGUUCUGAAAUAGUUCAGAUAAUAAUGCAUUAUUUAAUAUUUCUAUAUUUAAUGCUCGAUAUAGCGCAUGAUCGAUUAUGAACAAUUGAAUAAUUAUAAUAUAAUCCAAUAUUCUUCUUAUUAAGGAUACAAUGAACUACCAAUUAUAGUUUUAUCUGCUGUCUUUUGUCAUCUGUAUAUGAUAUUAACUGUCGAUUCAAAUUAUAAAUGUAAUGCUGCUAUAUUUGCAAGAGAAAUGUUAAUUUACGCUAUAUCAAGAUUCGAGUAUAUUAAUAGUGUUUUUGAAUGCAAUGGAUUUUGAUUCGGAUUAUACUAUCAUAGUAUAUUUUCUGCUCUAAAACUAAAACAUAAGAUAUAAGCACUGCAAAAA